AUGCGGCAAUACCCACCCAAGCAGCGCAGGUGUUGGUAUUUUGACCACCACACUGGCGAGAUUCUUCGCGACAACGCCUGGCACGUCAAUGCCGCCUCCACUUGCAACUACGCACACCCCGAGGAUCCAGAAUGGCGCACUGCAUCCUUCGCUGCGAAGUGGUUUGGGAAAGCCGACAAGCAGCGCAGAUCCCCUCCGCCCCGCCGCCAUGCACCCGACGCCUUGCUUCCGCUCGAUUUACCGAGUGGCAGCAGGCGAUUGCCGCUCGGCGAACGUCUCUCCUCCGCGGUCUCCUCCCCCUCCACCCUCCACCCUCCAACCCCCCGCGGCUCCGACGACCACAUGGGCUCCCACCGCCCGCGUCACUCGCGUGCCGACUCCCCAACGUCGUCUAUCGCGUCCUCUUCCCACCUGGCGCGGAAGACGUCCUAUUCGAGCCUAGCCACCGACCGCCGCAGAGAAGACGAAGACCGCGACAGACGCCAUCGCGACAGCUCGCGCAGGCGAGACCAUGACCAUGACUACCGACGAGAGCACGACAGGGACCGAGAUGGGAGGUAUAGCGAUCGGCCAACGGAGGAGCGAAGUCGGGGGGACAGGGACAGGUCUCGAGGCCGUGACCGGAGCCAGUCGAAGCAUGCACAACGACCGUCAUCUGCGUCCAAACCAGACUCGCACGCGCCGAGCCUUAUCCCAGCGCCGCGGAAAGAGCUUACGGAGCAGGAGAGGAAGAACAUAUGGAUGGAACGGGUCAAAAACAUGACCGAGAUCGUCCAGCAACGAAUUGAACAGAUCCGUAUCCGCGAGGACCUCAAGACGUACGAGCAUCUGGCCACGACGGCCACAGUUGCUGCGAUGUCGGACGGGGACAGGGCUGAGGUGAAGAAGCACAUAGAUGACAUCAAGGCCAGAGAACGUAGCCAAGUUGCAGAGCUCAAUCGCUUGCUCUCGAAGCUCAUCCCGAAGGAGUACUUUCCCUUUGCGCAACCUCCGGAGAAACUUGACGAAGGGCCCUACCGCGACAUGGUCACCUUGCUUGAGGCUUUACGUGCAGACAUGCACAAGCUCCACGACACCGUCGACGCCCUGCAAGCAAGGUCGGACGCCCUCGCCCCCAUCCUCAAGGAACUCCCGUCUUUGGAGAAAGCCUCUCCAGGGCCCGCAGGAGCGACCGCCGAGUCAAGUGCUCACCCCAAGAAACGGCGGCGGCUGUCUGUUGACGACCACGAGGGCGUCUCCGCCGCAGCCGUCCCCAAUCCGAAUAUGCCUACCCAGGAGGACUUCGAGAGGCUCCAAGCUAGGUUCGAGCGACUGGAGAUGAGGACGGAGACCUUCACCAACGAGCUUGUCCAGUAUGACAACCUACUGCACGACCACGUCGAAGCUGCGCUCGACUACGAGCUGUAUCGCAUCGGUUAUCACCCCAAAAAUCUCAGAGGGACGAACGCCAAGCUCACUGAGCAGGUCGAUGAUCUCAUGGAGUCCGUCGCUGCCCAGAAAGCGAGUGUGGAGGAGAUCGUCUCGGGUCGCUCGUCACUGAAGGACGAUGGAGAGAGGCAAGAGCAGGCGAAUGAGCAACAGAGGGUGAAGAACGCAGAGCUUCGAGCCCAGCUCACGCAGGAGUUGGAACGUGGGAAUAAAAUACGCGACAAAAUUCAAGAGCAGGAGGACCACAUUGCAGCCCUCAAACGGGCCGUGCAGGAGUUUCUCACUGCAGCGCCAUCGCGCCCUCCACCGCAGCUGGGCGGCCUGUCGCUCGAGGAAGUCACGGCGCUUCUUAAGCCGAAGUUACUCGAAGCAGCGCACGCAGAAAUUAUUCCUCUGCUCUCUAACACCCAUGAAGAGGUUGAAAAGAUGCUGGCCGACCAGACGAACCAAGUCAACAACUCGGUUAACACAAAUCUCUCCCCCACCGUUCGGAACUGCACACCCACACCAGGCUUCAUCAUCUCAUUCGCGACGACCAUCACAGUCGGCUGA